CUCCAUUAAUCGGUCGUGUCUUCAGGCGAAUUCGGCGAGAAUGAGUUCGGAGUUGUCGUCAUUGAGGAUACCGAGAAUUCAGCACUUAUCCUGAUUGUACAGCUCCACCCUCCUUACCUGCCUCGCUCUCCCACUGUCAUUCGGAGUUUACAAAUAAUGGCUACAGGAUUUGCAUUCGUGCAUUUGAAUGUUGUGUCGAUACUCAGGUCUCACGAUGAGUAGAUUCAUCCUUGACUUAUUCCUUCGCCUUCCAACAUCAUUGCUUUUUCCUUAGAUUAAAAAUCGACAGUUUGGAAAGAGGAAGUAAAAUACGCCAGCACCAGGAUGCCAUCGAAGACGGAAAUGAUGAAGAAGAAGAAGAAGAAGAGCACUGCAGUGACCCUCGCUAAGGGAGCCAAAACCUCCAAGAAAGUGGUCUCCGUCCGACAUCUGCGCUCGCCUCUGAACAGUCUGGAAAAGAAGUCGACAGCAAAAGCCGAGACAAAGGGAGCUCAGAAGAAAGCCAUGAUUCCUGGAUCCUCAAAGACUAAGAAGAUGAAGAUGAAAAAAAUGCUAGUGAAGAAAAGCAAUGAUAAAAAGGCGGCCGCUUCUUCUACUUCUACCACGAAUAGUAAGGCAGGAAAGAAAAAGCUCCUCGAGAAGUCCGCGCUCGCCAAGAAUUUGGCCAUGAAGAAGAUGGCAAGGAUGAAACGUGCUCCAAAGCUGGUUGUGGUUCCGGAUGAUAUGGAGAAAGAAACGGGGAUCGUGUUGGCCGAUGGCGGGGUAGUAGUGCCGUCCGCGUCAAUGGUAAACGGAAAGCUGGUAACGACCGACGGAGCCUCAUCGGGUUAAGGCAACUAUUUGGCUUCCGAUUUCGAUAGAUACUUAGCUUCAAUUGCGAUAGAAACAACAUGAUUCGUAGCUCUAGCCAGUCCUCAGUUGGAAGCAAAUGUGGGGACCCAAGUCCGUAGUCGUGUGAAUGACAGCAUUGGUAAGUGAAGCCGACAAAUGCCCUGCUCUAAUGUAGCAAGUUACGCGAGUACGCGACGGAAAUUAUUAGUACGCAACACGAAACUCUGUGGAAGUACAAGCGAUCGAUUAAGGACCCAAUCAAGCGCCUGGCCCUUGCGGCAGACGAAGGAACGGUGAAGAAGCAGGUAGUUAAUUUUAUUGAGAGCAGUGACUUGGAAAACACUAAUCCUCGUGUGUAGUAAAAACCGGCAGAACAAAAAUCAAAGUACUUAGACUGCGAGUCUUACACAUAGCACGUGCUAACUAUUUCAUGAUUAAAGUUAAGCUCCGGGACUUUAGAUAUAUUAUUAAGUCUCUUGAUCUCUAAGUAGCCAGCAUUUGCUUUUCUUGAUAACUGAUAAGUGUAAGAACAGGUCAACGCCUAGACCACUAAGCCAACUGCGCAGUUGGCUUAGUGGUUUAGGCGUUGACCUGUACACUUAUCUAUCAAUCAAACUACCGGGGUGGGUUCGGCCGCCUUUGUUGUGAUCUCUGUCGCUAGGCACCCCCUGCCGUGGCUAGGUGGGUCACCGCCAUUUUUGCGGCCGGUGUCACUAGGCUGCCUGGAUCCUAUGGGUCUGCGCCAUUCUCGCGAUCUCAGUGGCUUAGGCGUUGCAGACCUGUACACUUAUCAAUAACUUGCAUUCUUAGAUCGUUCGUGUUUCGCCGAUCACUUGUAGUGAGCCCGGGGUGACGUGGAUAUCCCGUGGGGACCGGAUCAGCCAAAAAAUCUGGUGCGCCGCUUAUCGCGAUGCGCAGGGGCGCAAGCGCAACAAGUGGUUCAAUUGCAAGCACUACGUGAAUCUGGCAGACACAGCAGAGAAGCGCGAGGAGUUGGCAAGGGGACGCGCCAUGGCUGUGGCUGUUAAUUGGCUUCGAGAGCACAAAAAGCAGAUGGCUGAACUAGGCAUGCAGCAGCAGAAAAAAUCCGGAGACGUCCGACAGUCCGGCGUUCUGGGCGUGCGCUGGCAGCACACCUCAUGGGGUCCGGCAGAGAAACGAAACCGCAUCGGCUGGACUGCAUCGAUUUCGGCGCACCAAUUUUAUGGUUGCUGCAGUCCUCACCUUUUCUCAUGAUAUAAUUGCUCGAUCAGGAAUUGUGAUCGUGAUUAAGUAUCUUCUUGCACUCGCUUAGACACACAUCAAGACAUCCUUAAUCACAAAGCUGCUUGCUUCAUGUGUUGUACCUAAUCAAAUCUGCCUGGUGGUCUUUUUUGAGCCGAAAAUUCUAAGAAAGCACGGGUAGAUUGUCGAAUGGUCGCGCCGCGCGGCCUGUAACGCGCACUUUCACGCUGAAUAUUCAAGAAUGGCCAGACGAAGAAGAGCGCGAAGCCGAACUAGAGCGGUUGCGACAAAAAGCGAUUGCUCAGCGCCAGAAGUGGGAGAGGGAGGUCUUCUUAUGCAGAACAGCUCAAUAUACCUGCUCGAAGUCCAAUUCUCUAGUAUUAGAGCUAGAAGAAAUCCAUCUUCAGCGGCAUCUUCCGUCUUUUUUCCCUUGAGAAACGGGACCAAGAUGCCUGUGAGGAUGGAUUUCCUCUAGCCUUUAUAGUACUACAACUCCUAUCUACGAAUAUUAUUACGCAAGACCUCGUCGUAACCCUGAUUACUUCUUUAAGAAGCAAAAUAAGACUUAGCAAAAUAAGUAAUUAAAUUUUGUCAUCUAAUGCAUGCAUAUGAGGAGGCACAGUUCCCGCAAUUUCAGGCGAAGCGACGUGAAAAACUGGAUGCCAGUGCGCACAUGGUUCUCCAGGAUGCCGGUCCGACGAGUGGCGCCGCAAUUGGCAAAGGUAGCAACGACUUGCUUCAGGUGGUUGCGGCCUCGAGCUCAUCUUCUUCUAGAUCGUCGCCAUCGACUGGUAAAAAAUUUGUGGGGAUGAAGAAGAUGGCAAUGAAAAAGAAAACUAGCAAAGUCAACAACAAGGGAACUUCCAGCAGUAGCUCAACGAGCAAGGCAAGCAAAGCGUCGUCUUCGACUUCUACAGUCGCCAGAACAGGAGUAACGAAAACGGUGAAGAAGAAGAUGGGGACCAAGCUGGAGCCGAAACUGAAGAAAAUAGUGGCCGCAAAUCGUCAAAUGCGUUUGAGGGCCGCAACUAAGAAGAACAAAGGCGCACUUGGCGGAGAUCUCGAGGACGAUUUGUUGGCUGAUGACUAAUCCGUAUGGUGCAGGGAAGAAGAGUGGCUGAUAAAUACUCACUGCACUCAUUAAAUAUGUUAUGAGCAACUCGAAACAUUUCUUGAAAUAGAAACUCAUUCUUCACCUCGACAGUGGUUGUGAUUCGUAAGUUUCAUAGCCAUGAAACAAAUGGAAUGCCUAGAAAUUGAAAUACGCUAUGCAAAUAUUUAAUCAUGAACAAGGCUCCUAUAUCUAUUUACAUAAUGAGUGAAAUUGAACUAACCACAAGGGAAACUUCUGGCAUACACCACGACCCAACGGUGUGAUUAUCGCACAGUACUGACUUUUAAGAAUUCCUCAAACAGGACGAUAUUCAUCGGUAGGCAUUGUCACAACCACACCUGCUUGAAGAAAAGCCACUGAAUGUAACGACCUACUUAACGUCCUCCUAUGUAGACCGCUCGAUGACAGCAAGGUUGACAUUAUUUUCUAGAAAAUUGGGAUUUGCCGAGAUUCGUCAAGUAGCUCCUAUCUACGUUGUUGUAUGAAUAACUUCAUCCUCCAGAUAGUUGUGUGUCCUCCAUUCUUCAAAUUUCUUAGUAGCAACAACCCGACCAUUGAUUCAUGCACAGAGAUUUGCAGUAUAUUUCUUUGUGGUCUCGUAUAU